UGAAAUUCGUGAAAUUUCUCCCGUAAAGUUCGGAAAUUUUGUUUUCUUUGAAAUUAGCCGGUUUUAGGAAAAAAUCUUAAUUCUUAACUUGCGACUUAGUCGCUAAACGAUACAUUACUCUUACGCCCCGUAGGUUGGAUCGUGGAAGGUUAUAAACAUUUAAAAGUGUUUCCAAGAUGACCGACGCAAGCCAGCAAGAAUCAAACGAUGGCAACGACACAUGCCUGGAAACUGCUUUUUGCAUCAAACAGGAGCCGCUGGAGAUAGAUCCGGAUGAUUUUUUGGAAGCCAAAUAUGACUCAAUAAGUGUAGUAAGCGAUACACAAAAAGCAUCGCCUUGCAAAGAGAACUUCCAGCUAGAAGUUAUGGCUAUAAGAGACGUCGAUGGAAAUUCGUCGGAGCCUGGUAGAAAACGGAAAAAAAUCUUGAAACGGUCCUCUAAAAGGCUAAAAAUAACGGCUAAAGAAGACGUCGAUGAUAAUGCGCAGGGUCCUUUUAGAAAACGGUGCCGGAAAUCGAAAAGGCUGAACAUCUCGCCAGAGACAACGAAGCUUUCCUUUCAGUGCCCGAGAAAAUAUUGCGAGUUUUCUUGUGCGUCGGUUAAAGCUUUAGACUCGCACACUCGUCUUCGACAUGAAGAAGCGAACCUCAAAGUAGGUGGAAGAAGAAAACCUCGAAAAAUAAAGGAUGUGGCCAAAGCAGUGCCAGCGGCCAGCCUAAGCGAUGGUGAAGUGGAAUCUACUUCAAAGCCAGAAGUCGUUGAUGUUUCAGGGUUUGUCGUGCGAAUUGAAAAGAUUUACAACAAGGGAAGAGUAAUGUACGCUUGCAGCAGAUGCAAAAAUGUAUUCCGUAAAAGGGAGACUUGUGAAGCGCACAUUGCCAAAGUUCACAUGAAUAUUAAACGAUAUACCUGCAGCGACUGUGGUCGAGGGUUCGAUCGGGCCUUGGAUCUGGAAGAACACAACAAAGUUCAUACCCGAGAGCGUCCCUUCAAAUGUCCAGCAGAAAACUGCACCUACACAGCCUCGUGGACUGGUACUCUGUACAAACACGUUCGUCGUCGUCAUAAAGACUAUCAGGGGGACCUGACAUUGGCAACUGUAGCGAAAGGCGAACUAAGCAAACGCAAAGUAAGAGAUAAUAAUCCCGUUGCGAAUGAACCUGCUGGCAGUGUAGCGAAGACAGACGAAACGAUUGAAGCUGAACCCGACAAUGAAGAUUCAUUAUUAGUACAGAUUCCGCCUGUUGAAGACGUUGAAAAUGACAGUGGUCAAUUGGAUUUAUACGAAGAGGCCAACAUUAUCGAUAACCGCAACGACAACGUACCUCAUUAUGCCUGCAAGAUCUGUUCGAAGGAUUUCGAAAAUCUCUAUUCCAUCAAACGCCAUGUCAAUGAGGCUCAUAUCGAUGUGAAGAAACGUACCUGUCUGACAUGUGGAAUAACUUUAUCAUACAGAUACAAUCUCAAUGUUCACAUGAGAAGUCAUUCCGGAGAGCGACCACACAAAUGCGGGGAAUGUGGCAAGGGUUUUCUCAGUACAAGCGAUCUCAAAAGACAUGCCCGUCGCCUUCAACACGCGAGUGGUAUGCCGAAAAAGGAACACAAGUGUAUUAUUUGUAAGGAAAAUUUCGACAGUUCUGGUGACCUAGAGCAGCACGCCUCUAUCCAUGCGUUACGUGUAACUGAUCUCAAUGACAGUUAUGAACUGACUCCCUACGAGGAAGCUAAACUAACGGUCAGUGAUUCUAGUGAGUCACAUGUUUACACAUGCAACAUUUGCGGCAUGCAGUUCAGUGUUCUUUCGGCAGCCAAAGACCACGUCAAUAAGGAUCAUAAGGAUGUGAAAAAUCACAGUUGUAUCUACUGUGGAUCAACCUCCAACUCACGGACCGCUAUGAGGAAGCACAUGUUGAUUCAUGAAGGCAAUAAAACAUUCAAAUGCUUGAAUUCACAUUGCAAUUACGCUACCGAGCAGUACGCAAACUUGCAACAGCACUUCCGUGAUUGCGCUAACAUUUCCAAGAGAGCGGCUGUUCGCAAGUGCACCAUUUGCUGUGUAGAAUUUGGAGAGCUAAGCGUCUUACGGGCCCACUUUAAAGUAGCACACAAACUAGCCAACAGUUACAGCUGUGUGCACUGCGAAUACUCUUUUGGUAGCCUGGGCGAUCUAACAGAGCACAUCCUAUCGCACGGUGCAAUCCAAUCGGUGGUUCGGUGUCCCAUCGAGAACUGUCAGUUUAUCGUAACGUCCGAGGAAGAUCGAAGGAAGCAUCAGCAAUGGCACGAAAAGAAAAACAAUCCACUUCCGAGGCCAUUCGUCUGCGGUACCUGCGGGAAGGAUUUCGAUAGGAACGCUAGUCUUAUGCGCCAUAUGAGAAAUAUUCAUUCCAAGUAAUAGAGGGACUUCCGCAUACAUAAAGGUCCUCUUAUUUUUCGUAUAAUAAAAUGAUUUAUA